GCAAAAUCGGAUUCUUUACCUUCUGCCUGAACUUUGUUGCAGUUGCUGGUUGUUGUUGUGUAUAUUGUAAAAACCUCCAUCGACGCCGUGACAGUUCUUAAUUCUUGGAUCGAAUCUGGUUUUUAUGUUCUUGUCCUUGCGGAAUUGUCACAGUGGUUUACUGUCUCGCCAUGCUUCUCUGGAUAAUGCAAAACCGUGAUUGAUGUAUGGAGAUGGUCAUGCAAUUUCAAUUUUAUUGAAGACGUGUGAAUUUAGUUUCGGUGAAAACGCUGUGGCUAUUACCUAUGGGUUUGAACUACUUGGCAAUAUCAGCAGCUUCUACAGCUUUAAGCUUUGUGGGUCUUCAGUUAUGGACAGAAUUUUCACUGGAUAAACUUUGGACUGAGGGGUUCAUUGCUGAGAAUUUUUUUAGUACAGAUAAUGCUAGCUGUGUCUUUGGCCUGCUUCUAGGUUCUUAUGCUUCAGCUGCCCUAGUAGCAAAUUUUGUGCUCAAUGUAUUUGUUCUGCUCAUCCUUUCUCUCAAGACUAUAUUUUUCUCUGAGUUGUAUCCAUCUGAAAUAUGGAAGCUGUUGGAAUGUCUUAUCAACUAUGUUAUCUACAAGGGGUUAAUUAAUUCUAGGAUGUUGAAUUGAUGAGUUUUGAAGCCAUUACAUAAGAUUCUUUGGAAAAUUUUUUAGCCCAACAGGUUUUGUUUUUGAAACUGCUGUUGAUUGCUUCUCAAUUCUCAACAUAUGGGCCUUUUGAUUCACAUCAAGUCACUUUAGGCUCUAAUCAUGUCUUCUUCCACUGAGCAAGGUACCUUAGAAUUUGAUCAUGGCUUAACCUUAGGGCUCCUUUUUUGGCAAACCUUGGUGCAAUCUCUGAAUGGUGUUGGCCAUUUCAUACAAUGGAGGCAUCAAAGAGAACUUAUGAGCCAAUGUUGAUAUACAUGAGUUAUGAUCUACUUACACGCAUCACUUGCACAAAGAUUGAUAUGUACUUCUAUGGUCAGUUGGUCAAUUACAUUUAGCAGCUUAUUUACUCAAGGGAAGCUUUCUGAUUCCUCCUGGCAAGAGUUUAUAUGCUGAAUCAAUUGACUAGUUCAAAUGCAGUAUAGUGAAACCAAGUUGUGUUUCAAACUGCUAUUUUUGUUGGCCUUUUUUGGGGUUAUAAUAUUUCUGUUAUUUUUGUUUGUCUUUUCACAAAUAAUGUUUUGCAGGGGACAUUUCUACCAUUGGUCAUUCCAUCAACAAUAUUCCAGUCAGGCCUUUGGUCAAUCUGGUUAAUUGUUGUAUGUUGCCUAAAGAUGUUUCAAGCUUUGGCGAGAGAUCGACUUGAACGUUUGAAUGCAUCUCCAACUGCUACACCAUGGGCAUAUUUCCGUGUAUUUUCAGUGUUACUGUUGGUUAUCUCUGUUGACAUAUUCUGGAUAAGGCUAUGUCUCAUGAUGCAAGGAACACUUGGUCCAUCUCUUUAUCUGCUGCUACUUUUUGAGCCUUUCAGUAUUGCUGUUGAGACAAUGCAGGCUUUGCUGGUUCAUGGGUUUCAGCUGCUUGAUAUUUGGUUCUACCAUACAGGAGUCAACAACAGAAAUUGGCAAAGAUCUAAUAUCUUUGAUUUGUCAGCAGCAGGUUCAGUUGGGGAAUGGAAAGGCAUUCUUAUUCAGAAUUUGGGUUUUGUCCUGGACAUGGCAACCUUGUUAGUGGCACUUGGACAUUACAUGCAUAUAUGGUGGCUUCAUGGCAUGCAAUUCCAUCUCAUUGAUGCAGUUCUUUUCUUGAAUAUACGUGCUUUGUUGAGCACAAUAGUGAAGCAUAUAAAGGGAUUUGUCAAACUAAGAAGUGCCUUAAGUGCUCUUCAGUCAGCACUUCCUGAUGCAACAUCUGAAGAGAUAAAAGCAUAUGAUGAUGAGUGUGCCAUAUGUCGGGAACCUAUGGCCAAGGCUAAAAAGCUACAGUGCAAUCACCUCUUCCAUCUUGCAUGCUUGAGAUCAUGGUUGGAUCAAGGUUUGAAUGAGGUUUAUUCAUGUCCAACAUGUCGAAAGCCACUUUUCCUGGGUAGACCUGAAAACGAAACAAACAUUCGUGCUGGAGAAGCAUCAAUGGAUGAGCAGUUGGCUCGUCAAAUGGCUGUGGGAUUUGGUCAGCAAAAUGCUUCUGGCCGUACCUUGCCUGCUGGAGUAUUCUCCAAUCAGAUGCGGAAUCCAGUAGAAGGCAAUCCUUGGAGAAGUGCACAAGUAGAAUCAAGUUGGUUGCACUCUUGGCCAAGCCAAGGUGUUGAUGGAGCUGGUCCUUCCACUGCUAUGGGGUCAGUUGGACUAGGGGGAGUUCAGAUGAUGAUGAGGCAUCUUGCAUCUGUUGGAGAAACUUAUGCACAGACUGCCAUUGAAGAUGCAGCUUGGAGCCUUUGGCCAAUGAAUCAAACUCAGGCUGCUCCAUCUGGUUCAUUAAUUCCUCCAGCUGUUGGUGGAAGAUAUCCUGGAAAUGGUGGUGUGCAUAUGAGGACUGCCCCACGGAUGACAAAUGGCAAUGUGGCAAACAUACUUGCCAUGGCUGAGACCGUCAGAGAGGUUUUGCCACACAUCCCAGAUGAGACAAUUUUUGAGGUACAGGACCUGCAGAGGACAAAUUCAGUUCCUGUCACUGUGAAUAAUCUUCUGCAAAUGUGAGGAUUUUUUCUGUUUUCUUUCAUCACAUGCUCCCAGUACAAAACCAAUACCCUUGGUCCUCCACAUAUAUCGCAUUUGAAGGUUUUGCAUUGGUCACAGGGGAACAAGAAGUUAAUGGAUUGCAACAGAGACAGGUGGUUUCUUUUAAUGUUCUUGUUUCUUCAACCAUCCCAGGAUAUCCCUUCUGUAUAUAGACAGCAGCUCACCACAUCACUCGUUUCUCAUGGAAGAAAGAAAAAGGUCCUAAUACAGUUUUUGUUUCCUGUUUUCCUUAGAAAAAUAAAGUUUCCAUACAUGCAUAUUCUGGCUGAUCAUUUCACCCUCACACGAGGAUGAAAGUAGCUGCCACAUUAGAUGAGUUUACUGAUCAUUACCAUGGUUCCCCUAACUUGGUAUCACAAGUGUGUAAUUAACAAUAAAUGUCCAUUAUCAUAAUAUGCUCUUUAGGAAACCUCAGGAAAUGGGGAGAUGUGAAAUCAUGAUCCGAAGAAUCUGGCAUGUAGUAAUGCUAUUAUAUAAGUAGAUAUCCUUAUUCCUUUAUUUCAUUUGGCUGUAUUAGGUUACAACCCUGACUAUAAAUAGUAUCAUAAGUAGUUUAUUUGUGUUCUUUACUGAUAAACCUGAAUUCCCUGCGAUAAUGCUUCCUUGUGUCCACAUUUGCUGUAAUUUUU